UCUAAAGUCGUCAUAACUAUUAUUAUUAGUUAUUGUGUCCAUUGUAUCGUCUCUGAAAGUGUUAGAAAGUGGCCUGUUCUACAGCCGGGUUUAGACUUUUUCGUUCGAGCCGCUGCUUCAAACGUAGGUUAAAAUAUCAAACUGGAAAAAAUUCAUCUGACCUUCUACGAACUGCACAGAUUAUGAAUAUGAAUUAAACACAGAAAAUCUGGAGCUGAUUUCGAAUCGAAUCCGCAAUAUGCAUUUUCAUCCUGUUACUUAUUUGUUGAUUCAAGUCGUCAAUUUAAGAAACAUAAACAUUACUCAGUUAUUUUGUAAUUAGUCAACCCUAAGUACUUUUUUGUUGUUCAAUUAUAUAAUUAAGGGAUAAGAUACUAAGUGCGUUGUGCUAUCUUAUUCAAAGGGGUUGAUAAGAGAAGUCCAGGAACAGUUUAUGAGCAGAAUAUUAUUAGCUCUGGUCAGUAUAAGUACUGUUUACUGUGAUUGUGAAAAAAAAAACAUUCGUGUAAGUAAUAAAAAUUAGGAUUCGUGAGAUAUCGGCGACGUCUACUUUAAUUUAGUUUUAGGAAAAUGAAAAGCGAGAAAAAAUCACUGUCUUUGCACAAAGAUAUUAUACACAGCUUAAAUGUAGACAUGGAAGUUGACUUGGAGAGAGCGUUAGACCUUUGUGGCGCUGGAAGAUAUCAAGUAUUUCAUUGUGCUCUUAUGGUAGCAAUUCUUGGUGCAGCUAUACUGGAAAUGGUUGGAUGCUCUUUUAUCCUACCAGCUGCAGCUUGUGACCUUGACUUGUCGAAUAGCAUGCGAGGGAUUAUGACGUCAAUUCCAAAUAUAGGUGUUAUAAUAACCGCACCAUUUUGGGGCCGAGCUGCUGACACCUUUGGGAGGAAACCAGUUCUGUUGUUCUCUACUGCUAUAUCCGGGAUAAUUGGUUUAAUUGCUGCGUUCAUGCCGAGCCUACUCAGUUUUGCUUUAUGCAAGUUCCUCGGUUCGCUUUUUCUAUCCUGUCCGUCGUCACUUGGAUUCGCGUACGUUGGAGAGUUAAUGCCAAAAAAACGACGAGAUCUCGCUGUCCUAAUAUGUAACGCUUCUCUUAUGCUUGUUGCAUCGUUAUGUCCUAUUUUCGCUUGGGGCGUUCUCUCUUACGAUUGGUGGAACAGUCCCCUAAAGCUGCGUCCAUGGAGAGUUCUGACUGCGACGUACGUCGCGCCCUUAAUCCUUGCGGCGCUGUGGCUCACGCAGGCCAAAGAAAGCCCCAAGUUUCUUAUGACAAGAGGCAAGGAUAAGAAGGCAUUAGACGUCUUGCAGCACAUUUAUGCCUCUAACAGUGGUCAGCCAAAGGAUAAUUAUUGUGUCACAUCUCUGAAGUUCUCAGCAGAGGAUAGCGAGAAAUCCUGUAGUCAUGGUAACUGCGAGCUCGGUGAGGGCAUUAUGAAGAACUCCGCAUUCGCACUGCUACGGCCACCUCAUGUCAAAUGGUUAGCCUUGACAGGCUUCCUAAUGUUUGGGUUAUUUUCGUUAUUAAACGGAUUGUUUUUGUUCGCUCCGGAUACAAUAAACAAAAUGAUGACGCAUUCCUCCAACGAACCGGUCACGAUAUGCACGCUGAUGAACCAACCAGAAAAUUUGACAUCAUCAGAUGAGUGUGUAGAUGAGAUAUCAUUUGCAACGUUCGAGGUCACCGUUGUGACGUCACUGAUUUAUGGCACACUCGUGAUGCUGAUCAGCCUCAGCCCUCUCGCAAAGAGAACAUCCCUGAUUGGCAUGUUCGUUCUUGCCAGUGCCACUUGUCUCGUAUCUGCUAUGACAACUAACAGGAUAAUCGCCGGAAUUUCAAUGUCAGCUCUGCAAAUAACCGCACUCGGAAUCGGUCCAUUAACGGCUUACUCCGUUCAGCUCUUCCCUACCAGCUUAAGGGCAACAGCAGUCGGAGCAGUUAUGAUGUUUGGACGAAUGGGAUCCGUAAUUGGCGCCAAUGUUACUGGAAUCUUCUUCGCUGGAGCAUGCACAAUUAUAUUCUAUGUCUUCUCUGCUCUUCUCUUCCUUUGCGCCGGCCUCAGUUUCCUUCUACCCAAAGACAAACCAGCGAGCAACGAGCAGUGACGUGUCUGGAAUAAAACCUUUUUUAAAUAUAACUGAUGACUGCCUGUUAUCGUUAGGAGUA